ACCGGAGGCUUGGCGCUUGGGGCGUUCGUGCACUUCAGGGGUGUCGCGGCGUUCUACCUCUCGGGCUCGCACGACCGCGCCAGGGUCUGCAAGAGGGUUUGGAUGCCAGCUCCAGCGGCUGCGCCGCUCAUCGUCGCUUCCACAUCCUUCCGUCCCCGCCCCCAGAGGCGCGUGGGUUCUCGCGUCGGUGGUCGCUCUCGCGUCGGAGACGGGAUGGGGGCGUCAUGCAGCACGUCCGGUGCCACCUCGGCGGCGGCCCCGGACGUUAUCACCACCGCCGCGGGACAAAAGUUCGAGCGCAUCCCCCCCGCCGAGGAUGGCGGCAAGAUCGUCGUGGCGCUGGGUAAGUUCGACGCCAUGCACCGAGGUCACGCCGAGCUGGCGCGGCGGGCGUCAAAGAUGGGGGCACCGAUCCUCAUGAGCUUCGGUGGCAUGGCGGAGGUGCUCGGAUGGGAGGAGAAGCUCCCUGUGGUGGCACCCGGGGACAGGGCGAGGGUUCUGGAGAUGUGGAAGGCGGCGUGCGAGGGCAAGACGGUGCGGGAACACGUCAUCCCGUUCGCGGACAUCCGACGGAUGAGCCCGGAGGAGUUCGUGUCGACGCUGAAGGACAUCGGGGUGGGCGGCGUCGUCGCGGGUGCCAACUACAGGUUCGGUUUCAAGGCGGCGGGCACCGCGGAUAUCCUCAAAGACCUGGGCGAGAAGCUCGGCGUGGACGUCUCCAUCGUCGAUCUGCUCCCCGCCAACGAGCCGGGCGAUGAAGGGGUCUACCCGGCUGGGUACGAGAACACCCCGCAGGUUUCGUCCACCCGCGUCCGAGCGUGCCUCGCCGCCGGGGACGUGGAACAGGCGGCGAGGCUGCUCGGUCGGAACCACGCGCUGGUGUUGCGAAUCGCCGGCGCGGGGAACGACGGGAGGUUUCCCACGAGCGCGGCGACGAACCAGUACCCGGCGAUUGGACGGUACGCCGCGAUUGUCGUGGGAGCCGACGGCGGGAGGACGCCGACGACGGCGGAGGUGACGGACGGGGAGAUCGUGCUGGAGGGGUGGGGCGAGACGAACGGCGGGAACGACGACGCGAACGUGUGCGUGGAGUUUGUCGGUCCCGCUGCGGAUGCUUAGCGAGGAGAUUGUGAGGAGAUGCGUGAGGUUCUAUUCAGCCGAGCGUGCAUAACGCC